UCCACAGGCAGGAGGAAGAGGAAGCCAAAGGGACCCCUCUACACCGGUGGGGUCCAGCCCCAAGGGUAGCCAAGCAAGGACCUAAGCCCGGAUCCACCCACCCAUUCCCACACACAUACACAUUUCCUGGCAGUGCCAUCCCUCCCUGAAUAGAUCUCAGCCGUAGAUCCUUCCUUAGUUGGAAAGUCGGGGGUUGGGGGAUCAAAGCCCCCACAUCUGUCUCCUCUCCCCUGCAGCCAUGUUUAUCAAAGUGAUGUUUGGAGCUGGCUGCUGGGAGCUGGUGAACACUUGGUGCAGCCCGGUGACCCUCACCGCCCACUUGAGGCAGAGGGGGCAGGUGCCCCCAGAUGCGGUCAUUGCCCUCCUGGCUGAGGAUGGGCACUUUGUGAGUCUGGAUGAGGGACUGGAGGAAGGGGCUUCCCAGGCCCCUUCCAUGGGCAGUGCCCUGCUGCAGGAGCGUGGGACCUAUGUCCUCGUGCAGAUCAUCAAGGGGGAGGGUGGGGCCCCCACCCGCUAUGAGUCCCUCCUGGAGAACCUGGAUGACCAGUAUCCAGAGCUAGCAGAGGAGCUUCGCUACCUGUCAGGCCUACAUCCCAUGAGUGAUGGCCGGAAGAAGCGCACAAGCACUCGGCGUGGCCACCAGGAGCAAGGCCCCUCUUCAAGGCCACGAAGGAUGGGCUCCCUGCCAUCCAGGAUCCGCUAGCUGGGGCCAGAAGCCAGCCAGGUCCUGUGAUCUGGCACAUCACAGC